AUGACCGGCAAAGAUCAUCUUAAUUACAACCGAACCGCCAACACUAUUGUGCGGCAAAACCGCAGCGUUUUAUACAAUGAUCCCGGCGACCAAGCACUCUACAAAAUUGUCGAUGUUCACUUUCUUGGCUUUGAGUGGGUUCAAUUUACGAAAUUGGAGAACAAAUCGAACCAGGCAUUCACGCGCACAGAGACCUACUCAACCCAGUUUCGAGACGCCAAAACAAAAGAUGAAACUAGCACAAUGGAUGUUAGUGGUGCCUUUGAGGGCCUUACGCUAAGCCUUGGUAACUCAACCAGUACUAUCACUACGCAAGAGGUCACUACCACAAAGACUUGCACUACAACUGUCAAGGUUGACCCUAAAUCCACCAUAUACUUGUACCAGAAGAGGUACCACUUUAAGGCGGUUGUUUGGUAUAAGAUUGACGCUUGGGGAAAACUAUGGACUGUGGGCAACUGGAAGGGCGCCGGCGUAGCUCAUAAGGCCCAGGAAAUUCAAAUCGACACCAGUGAGUUUAUUGGCACGCCGUCCGCCUUGCCCGGUUCUGGCAUGCUACAUGUUGCCAAAGGGAAAGACAUUUGGGCCCAGGACAACAUCAAGCAGUUUGAUCAAUGCCCUAAAAAAUGCCAGGACUAUCUUCACGACCGGGGUGUCUAA